AUGGAGCAGGCCCAGGCCUAUAUGGCAUACAAGGAGCAGGCACAGGCCUUGAGGGCCUACAAGGAGCAGGCUAAGAAAGCAGCCACUGACGCAUUCUGCAGAACCAAGGAGUUCGGGGAUAAACAAGUCAUCAACAUUGGCGACAAGCUGAGCACUGUUCAGCUUCAUCGACGGCCAUUGGAAAAACGACAGAGUGACUUGAUUUCAUGCUCGGAAUGUUGUAAAAAUGGACAUGACUGCAAUGCUAAGAUAUGCGGUAUAAAAAAUCCAAUUGAUAAUUCUCAAUGCUACUUCUGUGACUCGGAGCACUCAGCCCAAGGUGACGUCACUGAUCCAAGCGACUGCACUACUCUAACAACAUGCGAUCUUGACCAGGCCUGUAUUGGGCAAACCAAACCAAAAUAUGUAGGACUUCCAUCGUACUUCAGAUACGGAUGUUUCAACUUCCAGAUAUGCCGCGUUAUGAUGAAAACGGCAUUUGACGAUUUAAACCGAUGCCAUGGACAUAACACCAGUUCAACAGAUUGUGGUGAUCCUAAUAUGGGACUCUGUAAUGUUUGCUGUAGAGGUGGAGGAUGCAACUAUGGUGAUUGUCAUACAGUAAGACUGCGGUUGUAUGAGGAGUACAGACGUGGUUUGUUUAGUUUGGACACCCUGGAGUCCUCGUCUGGUGUAACAGGGUAACACGUGCUGAGCGGACUAUAAGAUAUCGAAGUCGCCGUUGAGACGACUGUGAAAUGCCUUGUUUAUAUUGCUAUACUUUGAAAUAAGGGUAUUUUCUCAG